AAAAACAAUGGGUGCCACUUGAUGAUGACCAGUGGAGGAAUUAACCCGAGUUUUCAAUGCCCCAAUCACUCCAGUCCAGCACCCGCUGCCAAACACACACGGGCACACCAAUUCCAUCGUUGCCGCUGCCAAUUCCAAGUCCAAGUCCACCUUCCCGCUGCCCGAGUCAACACACCACUCUGCACCUUCCGCCGUGUUGCCUCCACCACCACCACCGUCCGCCGCACUCGUUCGUUGUUAUCCCCAUGAUCACCUCAUCUCCCACCACCCGCACGCCCGGCCACGGCUCCACUACCGCGUGACCUUAAUGGCCGUCCACGUCCUACUCCCCCUCCUCCUCCUCCUUCUCGUCCCCACGGUCCUCCCGUACAUCGCCCUCGCCGCCUCCUCCCCGGACUUCACCAUCUUCCUCGCGUGCGGCGCGGGCGCCAACAUCUCCUUCCCGUCCGACAACCCCGCGCGCACCUUCGUCCCGGACGCCGGCUACUUCUCGCCCGCACGCGCCCCUGCGGUGUCUGCCGGCGCCAGCUCCAGCGCGGCCUCCCCUCUCUACGCCGCGGCGCGCGCCGGCAGCUCCGACUUCUCCUACCGCCUCACCUACCCGGACACGGCGGGCGCGUCGUCGUUCCUCGUCCUGCGCCUCCACUUCUUCCCCUUCGUCCCCGCCUCCUCCUCCACCAGCCUCUCCUCCGCGCGCUUCACCGUCUCGGUCCUCGACGCCUACGCCCUGCUGCGCAACUUCUCGCCGCCGGCCGACGGCAUCGUCAAGGAGUUCUUCCUCCCUCGCGGCCGGUCGGGAGAUUUCACCGUCAGGUUCAGCCCGGACGCCGGCUCCUCCGCGUUCGUCAAUGCCGUCGAGCUGUUCCCGGCCCCGCCGGAGCUGCUUUGGAACGGCUCGACCUCGGUGGUGCCGGUGGGCGUCCUGGAGGGCACCGGCUUGCCCCAGUGGCAGCUCGCCGCGCUGGAGACGGUGUACCGCCUCAACGUCGGCGGGCCCAUGGUGACCAGGGAGAACGACACGCUGUGGCGGACCUGGCUCCCCGACGGCCCCUACCUCUUCGGCGCCCCCGGGCAGUCGGUUGUGAACAACACGUCGAGCCCGAUCAUCUACAACCCGCCGACCACAAGGGAGGUGGCACCAGACGUCGUGUACAGGACGCAGCGCGCGGCGAACGUGACAGACUUGAUGCGGGCGACAACGCCGGGCCUGAACUUCAACGUCACGUGGACGUUCCCGGCGGAGGCAGGCUCCCGCUACCUCGUCCGUCUCCACUUCUGUGACUAUGAGGUGGUCAGCUCUGUCGUCGGUGUUGGCAUCGUCUUCAACGUUUACGUCGCGCAAGCCCUUGCCACUCUAGACCUCUCGCCAGAGGAUCGGGCGAGGCAGCCGAACGAGGCCUUUUACGUGGACUACGCGGCCAUGGCGCCGAGAGCCGGGAACCUCACCGUCAGCAUCGGUUGGUCGCCGAAAAGCAGCGGAGGCGGCAUACUCAACGGGCUGGAGAUCAUGAAGCUGCAGUCCGCCAACCUGAGCUCCCCGAGGCCGCACGGUCUGACGAAGAAAACCAUCAUCGUCAUCGUGCUCGCGACGGUGCUCGGCGCCGCCGUUCUUGCGUGCGCGGUGCUCUGCUUUUUCGUCGUGCUGCGGAGGAAGCGGAGGCAGGUGGCGCCGCCGGCGUCGACGGAGGAUAAGGAGAGCACGCAGCUUCCGUGGUCUCCGUACACGCAGGAAGGCGUCUCCGGCUGGGCGGACGAGUCGACGAACCGGUCCAGCGAGGGCACGACCGCCAGGAUGCAGAGGGUGAGCACCAAGCUGCACAUCUCGCUGGCGGAGGUCAAGGCCGCCACGGACAACUUCCACGACCGCAACCUCAUCGGCGUCGGCGGCUUCGGCAACGUGUACAAGGGCGCGCUGGCCGACGGCACGCCCGUGGCCGUGAAGCGCGCCAUGCGCGCCUCCAAGCAGGGCCUGCCGGAGUUCCAGACGGAGAUCGUGGUGCUGUCCGGCAUCCGGCACCGGCACCUGGUGGCGCUCAUCGGCUACUGCAACGAGCAGGCGGAGAUGAUCCUGGUGUACGAGUACAUGGAGAAGGGCACGCUGCGGAGCCACCUCUACGGCUCCGACGAGCCGACGCUGUCCUGGAAGCAGCGGCUGGAGAUCUGCAUCGGCGCCGCCAGGGGCCUGCACUACCUGCACUGCGGCUACUCGGAGAACAUCAUCCACCGCGACGUCAAGUCCACCAACAUCCUCCUCGGGACCGACGACCACGGCGGCGGCAGCGCCAGCGGCGGCGCCGCGAUAAUCGCCAAGGUGGCCGACUUCGGGCUGUCGCGCAUCGGGCCGUCGCUGGGGGAGACGCACGUCAGCACGGCGGUGAAGGGCAGCUUCGGGUACCUGGACCCGGAGUACUUCAAGACGCAGCAGCUCACGGACCGCUCCGACGUCUACUCCUUCGGCGUGGUGCUCUUCGAGGUGCUCUGCGCGCGCCCGGUCAUCGACCAGAGCCUGGACCGCGACCAGAUCAACAUCGCCGAGUGGGCCGUCAGGAUGCACGGGGAAGGGAAGCUGGACAAGAUCGCCGACGCCAGGAUCGCCGGCGAGGUCAACGAGAACUCGCUGCGCAAGUUCGCCGAGACGGCGGAGAAGUGCCUCGCGGAGUACGGCGCCGACCGGCCGUCCAUGGGCGACGUGCUCUGGAACCUCGAGUACUGCCUCCAGCUGCAGGAGACGCACGUCAACAGGGACGCCUUCGAGGACAGCGGCGCCGUCGCCACGCAGCUCCCGGCCGACGUGGUCGUGCCGCGGUGGGUGCCCUCGUCGACGAGCAUGCUGAUGAUGGACGACGCGGACGAGACGGGCCUCAGCAUGACCGAGAUCGCCGACAGCCAGGUCUUCUCCCAGCUCAACGCCCGCGGCGAGGGACGAUGAUCCACAUCCAUCCACCACUUCCUGCACCAAUUCUGCAAUCUGUAUUCCGUACCAGUAGAGUAGAUGUUCUCUGAAUCAACAGCUGAAUCAACAAUGGACACGAUUCAGCAUUCAUCUGGUGGCGAUGAGUAUAAUCAACCCUCAUCUGGGCACCAUUGUUGGUGCUACACAGCUCUCAAACAUGUGUAAUUGUCUAUAAUUAUUUGCAGUUCCAUGUACUA